GACACUUUUCUGCAUUUGACGAUGGGUAAGACAGAUACCAAGGCUAUACUCGGCGCAGAGGCAACUGAUACAACUCUGGAGGCGCAGCGCGUGGCAGCAUUUGCGAAAUUCCAGCCCACGUACUACUUUGACGCUGUCAAGGAAAUGCAGAUCGGCGGCGCCACCUGGCGAGUACUGGCCACAGCUGAUAUCGAAGACACUGAGGACAGCGAUUUCCUGGGCGUAGUAGCAAGGUGGACAAGCGAGGCUGAAAUCCUGAUCCCACCCGUCCAGCGCACUGAGGUCCUGGACGAGCAGCCGUGCGGUACCACCGACGAACUGUGGCUGGGCGAGGGAAUUGAAGAAAUCAGCCGGACCCACCGUACUCUGCAUCCAAAGCGAUUGGACAAGGACAAGCCGCUGAAGGAAGAGGUCGUGGUGGUCCGUGUCUGUAAUGAUGUACUUGCAAGGUUCAUCCCACGCACUCAGUCUGCAGCUGACAUUCCGUUCUACUAUCCCAAGGUCAGCGAGUUUGCGUUCGGGUACCUCGAGCCCACCACAAGCAGUGAUGGCGGAGCGGAUCAUGCCCCGUGGCAGCUGGCAGUCUUGGUGCAGGAGCUGGAGACAGGGGCGACGGUGGCAACGAAAAAGCACAAGGGGAUCUGGAAGGACAUGGUCAAAAAGCUGUACAAGUGGACAGCGACUGCACGGCUUGGAUACCAGAAGCGGCAGGUGCACGACGUGCUGGUUGACCACGAGGCGUAUAUAGCAAAGUACCAGGAGCUGAAGGGCAAGUAUGCCGAUUACUGGGUGAAGAACUGGCCAGAGCAGACCGAUCCGCGCAAAUUCGUGUUUGAGGAUAUCGCCAUUGCCAGCUGGCUCAUCUGCCUGUGGGCCCAGGAGCCAGGUAAAGGCAGCCCGUCGUUUGUUGAUCUGGGAUGCGGCAACGGGCUCCUUGUCAGCCUGCUGGCAGCGGAAGGAUUCAAGGGCCACGGUGUCGACCAGUGCUCGCGCAAGGUGUGGAGUGCUUUCAAGCCUACUGUUGACCUGCGUGUUUCGACGCUCGAGCCGUUCGACUACACUGCGGACGCUGACUGGAUCAUCGGCAACCACGCCGACGAGCUGGUCCCCUGGAUCCCGCUGAUAGCGGCCAAGUCGCCCAAGACAAAGUUUGUGGUGAUUCCAUGCUGUCCACAUGACCUGUCGGGCAAGAAAAUGAACUUUGCGACUGUGGCUGGCCAGAGCAAGUACCACGCAUACGUCGAGCACAUCUCGAGGAUCAUGGGCACGUGUGGGUUUGUGGCAGAGAAGGAAUUUCUACGCAUCCCGUCAACCAAGAAUGUGGCUCUGGUUGGCCGCUCGCGCACUGGCAAGGCGGACAUGGGCGAGGUCGAUCAAAUGAUUCAGGAUGGAAAGAAUGCGUUUGUUGCCAGAGUGCCAGACUCGGUCAAGAACGAGAUCCGCCUGGAAAAAUCGCGCAAGCGCAAGCUCGAGGCAAGCGUAGAGUAGAUGCCAUAUAUGGCUGGAGUAUAUUCGGGAGGGACACAUGGGGGCGCUAAGAAGAAAUAAAUGCUAGUAUGGUGUGCUGAGCUGCGAGAAAGGGUGCUUUUCGUUCUCUCACUGCUGGCCGUCGCUCUCGACCGGUAUCCGAAUGACGCUCUCUGGCUGCUCCGAAUCGUCGUCAGCGUUGGUGGACUGCGGGACAUCCACCAGCACUGCGCUCUCAAAGGCGUUUGACCAGCCUUUGGCAAUGGCCAGCAUGGCUGCAUACUGCUGGACUACUUUGCUCAUUUGCCGGUUGAGUUCCAUACAAUGUGCGUCUGUGGACUCCGACAGCGCCUGUAUCCGCCUCAGCGCCGCCAGCUCCUGCUUCUUCCGAGCGAUCCUAUCGACAAUAGCCUGUGUGCUCAUAUUUUUGAGG